CCCCCGUCCCGUCCCUGGACCCUCCUCCUGCAUGGACCUUCACAGAGGGAGAACAUAUGUUGAGGCCGGCUGGUAUGAGUUUGGCUGCGGGGCUGCUCUUUGUGUAUUUUCAUUUCUCCCAUCAAAGUGGUGGAGUGUGAGCCAUUUUUGCGUGUGUGAAGUGUCGAUGUGGAAAGGCGGGCGAUUGAAGGCGUCGUGUCGAAAUGGAUGCUCGUCUCGCCGUGUGGUUUCAUCUCCUGGCCCUCCUCCAGCCUCCGGCCGGGGCUUCCAUGGACUCCUGCUACGACGACGGGACGGACGCCCCUAGCCGCUGCCUGCCCAAGUUUGAGAACGUGGCCUUCAAUCGCAGCGUGGUGGUGUCCAACCAGUGCGGCAUCACGCCCGAGGACUACUGCAUGCAGAUGGGCUCGGCGGCGCGCUCGUGCCACCGCUGCGACGCUUCGGUUCCGGAUUUCAGCCACAGCGCCGCCCUGCUGACCGACUUCCACCGGAACGACGAACCCACGUGGUGGCAGAGUCAGUCCAUGUACUAUGGUGUCCAGCACCCAAAUUCCAUCAACCUCACCCUCCAUCUGGGGAAGGCCUUCGAGAUAACCUACGUCCGCCUGAAAUUCUACACCAGCCGGCCGGAGAGCUUCGCCAUCUACAAGCGCACCGAGGCGGGCGGACCCUGGCUGCCCUAUCAGUUCUACAGCGCCUCGUGCAGGGAGACCUACGGGAAGGCCGCCAACGGUUUCCUGCGGCUGGGCGACGACGAGAGGACGGCCAUGUGCACGGACGAGUUCAGCGACAUCGCCCCGCUCACCGGCGGGAACGUGGCCUUCUCCACCCUGGAGGGACGACCCGGCGCCUACAACUUUGACCAGAGUCUCGUAUUGCAGGAAUGGGUGACAGCGACCGACUUGCUCAUCUCGUUGGACAGGCUCAACACUUUUGGCGACGAGGUCUUCAAGGACGCCAAAGUGUUGCGGUCGUACUUCUACGCCGUCUCGGAUUUCUCCGUGGGCGGCAGAUGCAAGUGCAACGGCCACGCCAGCGAGUGCGCGUGGGCCGAACCUACGAGCGAUGACCAAGACGGACGUCUGGUCUGCGCCUGCCAGCAUCACACGGCCGGAGACGACUGCCAGAUGUGUCAACCCUUCUACCGGGACAGGCCCUGGGCGAGGGCCACGGGGGAGUCGGCCAAUGAGUGCUUGCGGUGCAAGUGCAGCGGGCGCUCGGAGCGCUGCGUCUUUGACGUGGAGCAGUACCGCAGCACGGGCAGCGGGGGGCGCUGUUUGGAGUGCCGGGACAACACGGACGGCGCUCACUGCGAGCGCUGCCGGGAGAACCACUACCGGGCGUCGCCUGAGCAACCUUGCCUGCCCUGCAACUGCAACGCCAACGGUCCGGCGAGUCUGCAGUGCGACGGCGAGGGACGAUGCGCGUGCGGCGGCCGAGGCGUGACGGGCGACAAGUGCGAGGCGUGCCGCCCGGGAUUCCACUCGCUCGGCCCCGGUGGCUGCAGGCCGUGCGAGUGCGCUCCCGCUGGCAGCGCGGGGGACUGCGCGCCGCUGGACGGCGCCUGCCGCUGCAAGGCCAACGUUGAGGGGGGAGGCUGCGGCAGAUGCAAGCCAGGCUUCUUCAACCUGCAAGAAAACAACCCGGCCGGCUGCCGGCCGUGUUUCUGCUUCGGUCACUCGCUGGCGUGUUCCUCAUCUGCUGGCUUUGUGGCCGUGAACAUUACUUCGGAUUUUAUGGAAGAUCAGGACGGUUGGCUGGGCGAAUUCUCCGGGGGUCAGCUGGACCCCCUGCUGUGGAAGGAAGGCGAAGUCUAUUUGCUUCCUCUCUCAGAGGACGAGCCCGGCUACUACAGAGCCCCGGACAAAUUUACGGGUGACCAGAGCCACAGCUACGGCCAGCUCCUCUCCGUCACCUUCACCUCGGAGAGCCCGGAACUGCUUCCCGAGCGCGUCGCCGCCAUGCUCGACGGCGCCGGAAUCACGCUCGGCGCCGAACUCACGCCCGGCCGUGCCCAACAGGGCGACCCUACCCUCUCGCCGCAACAAAACUUUUUCCUCAGGCUUGAUGAAAGCCAGAUGACGCCAAAGCUGUCCGUGGUGGAGUUUCGCCGGCUCCUGCGCAACGUGACGGCGCUACGCAUCAUCAAUGCCGGAGGAGUCAAUUACACAUCCCAGCUCUCGGCGGUCCAUCUGGCCUCAGCAUCCCCCGCCGCUGGCGAGACGGCGCCGCCUGCCCCCUGGGUGGAAAGCUGCACCUGUCCCAUCGGGUUCGCCGGCCAGUUCUGCGAGCGAUGCGCGCCCGGAUUCACACGGGAGGUCCCAAACGGCGGCCCCUUCUCCACGUGUGUCCCCUGCGACUGCCAUCAGCACGGAACUUGCCACCCUGAGACAGGCGAGUGCGAGUGCUCGGACUUCACCGGCGGCCCGACCUGCGAGCGCUGCCUGCACGGUUACUACGGCAACGCUUUGAUUGGCACGCCGGGCGACUGUCACCCCUGCCCUUGCCCCGGCGGAAGCGGCUGCGUGCAGCUGCCAGAGUCGGACCAGGUGCUGUGCACCGACUGCCCCGCCGGACAAACAGGUUCUCGCUGCCAGAUGUGUGAUGACGGUUACUACGGCGACCCGCUGGGGCGUUCGGGGACGGCACGGGAGUGCGUGAGAUGCGACUGCAGCGGUAACGUGGACCCCAACGCGGUGGGCGUGUGCGACCGCCUGAGCGGCCGUUGCCUCAAGUGCGCAGGCAACACCGAGGGCGAGCGUUGCCAGAGCUGUCGCCGAGGUUACUACGGCGACGCUCGCCGUGACGCCGCCGGACUGAAGUGCGAGCCGUGCAGCUGCAACCCCGCGGGAACCUCGGGCCACGCGACGGAGUGUCACCCCGAGACGGGAAGUUGCGAGUGCCUGGAACACGUGGCCGGGCGGGACUGCGGCCACUGCCAGGAAGGCUUUUUCAACCUCCGGCACGGCGUAGGUUGCGAGAGGUGCUCGUGUCACCCUAUCGGUUCAUCGUCCGUUGCCUGCCACCCGGUCACGGGGCAGUGCUUGUGCAGAGGCGGCGUGGAGGGACGGCUGUGCGACGCAUGUCGACCGGGCUUCUUCGGAUUCUCGUCACGAGGAUGCCGAGCCUGCGACUGCGACCCCAUGGGUUCCGUCUCCAUGCGCUGUCACGCCAACGGCACGUGUUCGUGUCGGCCCGGCUUCACCGGCUCCAAGUGUGCCAAAUGCCGGCCCAACCACUUCCUAGACCGAGGCACGCACCAGUGCCAGGAGUGUCCCGCCUGCUACGGACUGGUGCAGCAGCAGGCGGAGAAGCUGAGGACAGGCCUGCAGUACGCCGAAAAGCUCCUGGCCGGUUUGGAUUGCCAAAGCCGAUUCAGCAAGCGGCGCCCCCUGCUGGGAUUUCCCACCGACGCCACUCACGAGAACCAGCGGGACGGGCCAACGUUACCCAACGCGCUGGAGGAAUUUUUGGCUUUCCAAGAGGCUCAGGAGGCCUUCGUACGACAAUUCUCCUCGCUGGAGGCGUCCGCGGGCGCUCUGGCGGCUCGCCUGCACGACGUGUCGGCCGCUUCCAACUGCAGCGACGGGUCCAAAGGAGAAGGAGGGGCGUGUCGGACGUUAGCCGGGAUCGCACUGAUGGUCGGCGAGGCCCAGACGCAACUAAAGCGGGCCACAAAGGACCUGGACCUCAUGGUCAUUCCUUUUGAGAUUGAUUCGGGAUCGAAUCAAUGGAAGAUGACGGUGAACGAGUCUCAAGCCCUCAAGACAAGCCACGAAGACGCCGCCGAGCAAAUGGAGGCGGCGGCCGGCAGGGCGCUCAACACGUCAAAGCGUGCCGUGGCCUUACUGACGGAGUUCUUGGAGGACAACUCCACCGACGAGUACGUCGAGGACCUGACGCGACGAAUGACCCAGAUGCGGCAGCAGCGGCAAAAUCUCACCGCCUGGGCCAACCAAAGCUUUGCCGACGACGAGGCCCAACAGAAGGAGGUCGUCGGGCUGCGGCUCGCCUUGCGUAACGUCACGUCGCGGCUCAGCCGCUCAAACGCCGGUGGAGCGGUUGCCGAGCGCGCCGGCUCGUUGUUGGAAAAGACUCAAGAACUGGAUCAAAGCAUCGGCUCCAAAGACGACCUCAUCGGCGAGAUGGCCAACGACACUCGCAACCUGGCGGCGGCCGUCAACGCUAAGCGGGAAAAUCUAAAGGACGCAGUCGAGCUGCAAGGGCGAGCUCAGUGGGCCAAAAUGGUUGCCUUGGCUUCAGUGGUGGCGGGAAAAGGGGCGGAGUCAGAAGAAAUCAGCCUGCACCGGGAUCUUGAAAACAUGGUGCGCGAAUGGCCUCGUCUGCAGACUCAGACUCGGGCUGCUAUGAAGAAGAAGAAGCCCCUGGAGGGUAAAGUUCUGGCCAGUGUCACCAAACUGGUCUCGGAGAUCCGAGAGACCCUUCAGCCUGCGCGGGAAAACUCCCGCCUUGCCAAAAACGUUUCUCAGGAAGCGGAGCGUACCGCCGACACCGUGGCUGAGGAAUCCAAAGGCCUCCUGACGCAAGCCAAGCACACCAGGACCGCCUUCGCCCACCUCGGCUCCCACGUGGAAUCCGCCUUAGAAAGUCUGGACGCGCAGACGUCGCGAGCUGAGAGCGCCAAGGUUCACGUGGCGUCCGAGUCAGCGCCCCCUCUGGCCGACGUGAGGAAGGACAUGGAGGCGGCCAAGAUGCAGUUGGAGGCCUACUCGCACACCCUCACCCAGCUCAUUGACAAAAUUGACGCCAGCGUGCCUCUGGAGCGUUUCCAGCGCAUCCUGAACGAGACGGCGCGGCGCCUGAGCACGCUGCGCGGCAGCGUGGAGGCUUCCCCGCUGGGCGCCAAGAUCGGAACCCUCCGCGCGGCGGCUGAGGGCCAGCGCAGCCGCCUGGCGCUCCUGGAACAGGAAGUGCAAGAGAUGGUCCGGGAGAGAGACAGUCUGAGGGACAUCGCACUCCACUUGCCGCCUUCCUGUGCUGAGGCCGGCGCCAAGCGCCGCGGCUAACCGCGGGAACGGGACUAAAGGAUACGCCGGUACUUUGACCUCAGAGUGACCCGACUCGGAAGAGCGGUGUCAUUCUUUUGUGCAUUGCGUUGAGAUGAGAACACUCAAAUGCUGCUGCUGUAGGCCACAACUCACACCCAGACGCUCACAUUGAAAGAACCGGCUGACUCAACCAUAGCUACUGAUGUCAUGCACUAGGCCACGCCCCUUCAAAAGCACACAUCAAAACACCCAAAUACUUCACCAUGUACAGUAUUUACACUGUAGAACAGCAAUUUAUUUCUUUCCAAUGUCUUUUAUUCUGUUUUAUACAAUGCAGUGCUAUGUUCUUAUAACAUAUAAAAUAAAAAAUAUUUUAAAAUACAACAAAAAAAGAAUUUUUGGGCGGUCUGAGAAGAAUUGAUGUUUUUACAGAACGAAUUAAAUUCUGAGUCGUUUUUUACGAGGCAAAAAGUUACGGUAAGGUUUUAUUUUGAAAACAGCUGACCAGCCGCAGAACAGCGGCCAUAACAUCCAUCAGUCACUCCAAAUCAGCAGAAAGCUCAAAACACAACUCCACUGACACAGUCGUUGACAUUUCUUUCAUUUUUGCCACCGUUGCGGGUAUUAUAUCAAAAUGUUCUUCCUGUGAAUGCAUCAGGGGAAAGCAUUUAAUGGCAACUUCCCGCUGCGCCACUUUUCUGGCAAAAUGGCAGCAAUCUUUUCAAAUCCGAGAUCUUUUCACAGUGACACUGCUCUUCCCUUCUGGUUGGCUUUUGGCUCAAAGCACAAAAAUAUGUCAGCAAUGAUGUGGGGGGCGGAAAAAAAGAUUUUAAAAAAGCAAAAACAGAUACGACGAAGGCACUCUGAAAUGGCGUCGAAUUUGCCACGACAAGAAAUGAUUAGUAAAGCAACAUACCAUAUAAUAAAAAAGGCAUUUUUUACAUUUUCUCCAAUUUAUAGAAGGUCAAAUAUGGAAAAAUGUGACUUAGCACAGAACCUGUACAGCUCAUAAACGUGAUCUAUAAAGUCAAACAUGUGCGGUGACUAGGCGACUUUGUCAUCGCCUUGCCUUCUGAACGAUUUCCCUAUCCGCCCGAAGCGCAAUUAAUGGUGACACCUUGCAAAAAAAAAAAAAAAAAGCAGUGGCAUCAGCAAGCUAUUAAACACCAGGACCUGCUGAGUCAGUGCAGUAACGAAUGCCACUGAGUCACAGCGGGCGCUUGUCCACGAUGGACCCCUUAAUCACCGCAAGGGCGGCCAUGAUGAAAACAGACCAAAAAUGCUAACAAGAGCUAGCUUGCUUCGGCAAUCGACCAAUCAAACUACCUUUUUUGCGAGAACUUUUUUUUCCAUCAGCUUGCACAAUACAUGAUUGAAUUAAGCAGAUCAAUAUUGAUAACGCCCGCUUCAUUAUUAUCGCGGUCGGGGCACAUCCUCUGGUGUUUUGCAGAUUGUCACAUCAUCUAAUUAAAACGUAUUGAACCAAUUAGUCAAGUCAAUUAGCCCGCUCGUCUGUUUCGCACCAAGGCGAGCAAACGUGCGAGUCAGCCUCGCAACGCCUAAAUUUGUAGAGACACAAUGGCCUUCGUAAGCACAAAUUGUGACACCGGGCGGUGUCUUUUUCACCAUUUAAUUUGAUUCGAUUAAAAGCAAAAGGAAGCGUCGGCCUCUCAUUAAUCAGCAGGAUCACUUUCAUGCCGCUGUGCCAAUUUGUUUUGUCUUCUUUCAACACUUUUGCCGUGGCCCCAAGCGGUGCCAUAAAUUGGCCAAUUAGUGCCCCACAAACCAGGUAGUAUUCUUAAAAUGAAAAAAAUCAACCCCCUAAGCUAGUUUCACUUAACUACUAGCUAAGCUAAGCUAGAUAGAAUAGAAUAGAAUAGAAUAGAAUAGAAUAGAAUAGAAUAGAAUAGAAUAGAAUAGAAUAGAAUAGAUCUUUAUUUGUCAUUGUCACACAUGUACAACGAAAUUUAAAAAGUGCCAACCGAUCAGCGCAUGAGAUAAACAAAAAAAAAUAGAAUUUACUUUAUAAUUAACGUUAUAAUUUACUACUUAGGGGUUAGCGCAUUCAUGUCAACUACUGCACACUUUUGCCUCAUUAGUAAAAAUACUUAAUUUGCCUUACAUGAGCAACAUAAAUUUAACAACAGACAACAAAGUCUGAAUUUUUGGCCCAUUUGCAAUUGUCCUUCAAAGGCAAAGUCAUCCUCGAGAUUAUAUCCAAUGGUUUCUAAAUUUCUACCACAAGUUUUCCUCACUGCAUGUGGGCGCAGUAUGGCAGUGAAAUUUAAUGACUUGCCAUAAAAGGAGAAUCUGUAAUAACUCAGCAGUUAGCACGCCUCCCAUGUUGUGUUCAAACUCGGCCCCAAAAGCCAGUUUCACUUUGCAACAUCCAAUUUGGUCGAUCAUGAGUGGACCCACAAAAAUGUCUCAAGUGUUUCAAAGUCGGCCAUUUUCUUUCAAAGUGGCCAUUUAAGAGUCUUUCUAAGAGGCCAACUAAGCAUCUUCCAAUUUCGGAAUAUUCAUGCAGCACCUCCCAGUCUGGUAAAGCGACUCCAGCGUGACUCGAUGCUGCCCUCGUGCGGCUGCUGUUAGAAAUACCAAAACAGCCACAUGAUUAGGAACACCCUUGAGAAUUUCACCCAGUUUUAGUCACAAUGAAGGUAGUUUAUGAAGAUUUUGCACAUUUCUACAUAGUUGAUAGAUUUAACUGUUCACCUUCAAGGUUGUUCUUUAAAAAAACAAAUAGAACCUUUUGCUGGCCUAAAUCACACUGCACUCUCUGGGGCGAGCGAGUGUGUAAGGUAAAUCCAAUCUAAAUCGCAUUUUCUGCUCACGGCGCAAUUUCAUCUGCCUCAUUCUGCAGUCUUUGACUCUUCCCCGCAGCUAGUCAUUCCUCCUCUCUUUCCACGGAUUGAGGAUUUCUUUUUUUUUUUUUUCUACCCGAAAGCCUCCAAGGAUGCAAUUACCCCUUAACCCCUGGCCCGGUUCACCUCCUGUACAGUCUCAUUACCCCCCCCUCAGCACGUGGUUCUGAAUUAUGACCCACAGCGACAUUUGAGCCAGGAACUCAUUUGCACCGACUGCAUUAAACGGUGCGAACAGUCAGCUUGUUCCUGGUCCAUGUAGACAUUAAAAAUGUACCGUCAAGGUUUUUUUCAUGAAAAAGUCAACUUUCGUUGGAAAACUUUCUCCCAAAAGUACAGUUUGAGUGCUUUUCAUUGUUUUUUAUUUUUUACUGAAGACAAUUUCUAACCAUAUAUAUAUGAUUUAUGAUGUAGUGUAGUAGCUGAACUAUCAGCAGAAUAUAAUUUACUUUAUCUAUGAACGCCACCUUGCGGGGGAAAUAAAUGGUCGCUUUCGGGUUCAUACACAAUCUGCUCCAUUUUCAUUGUUUACAUUAUUGAUAUUUAAAAGAUACGCCACUGUUCAUGAACACACCAAAUUCACAGUGCUUAUAAAUCAAUAUUUUGUUUA